AUGGCCCCAGUUAUUACUAGACUUCAGAGCUACACCAGCAUUGAGGAAUAUGACGAGCAGAUACCAUUAGGAGAGUAUUUAUUUUUGCGGGUGUGUCAGAUCAACCCCAGGUUAAAAUCAGUGUUUGGAAUUCCAGGUGACUUCAACUUGAACUUGUUGGAACACUUGUAUGCGGAUUCGUUGGUGAACGGAAAGGGCGUCAAAUUUGUCGGACUCUGUAACGAGUUGAAUGCCAGUUAUACUGCAGACGGUUACUCGAAGAUUAUCCAAGGGUUAUCAGUAUUGAUCACUACUUUUGGCGUUGGUGAGUUAUCAGCUCUCAAUGGGAUUGCGGGAGCGUUCGCAGAAUACGCACCAGUUUUGCACAUUGUUGGGACCACUUCAACUAAACGAGCUGCUUAUGCAAGGACAUGUGGCGUCCAGGGAAUUCAAAAUUUCCAUCACUUAGUGCAAAAUAAGAAUCCACUAAUUGCACCUGAUCACGAUGUUUACAAGCCACUCGUGGAACCUUUCUCUGUGAUACAGGAAAGUUUAACCAUGGACGGGUUUGAUAACGAGGAAAACCUCAAAAAAAUUGACAGGGUCUUGAUAAAGAUCUGCCAGGAAAAUAGGCCGGGGUACCUUUUCGUGCCAUGUGAUAUCCCAGAUAUUACGGUUUCUAGAGCCAGAUUGGCCGAGGAAAUUAGCAUCCAAGAAUUAGCGGAGGAUGAUGCCGAAUCCAAGCAGUUGAUGGAAAAUAUCGCCGAUAGAAUUUUGAAUAAACUUUACCAAUCCCAAAAACCAUCGGUUAUUGGAGAUGCGCUAGUUUCUAGGUUCCAUCAGGAUGAAGUAUUCACGAAAUUCAUCAGCAAACUUCCAUCCAAUUUUGUCAAGUUAUUCACUGCGAAUAUGGCAAGAAAUAUCGAUGAAACAUUACCUAAUUUUGUGGGUACAUAUUUUGGGAAAGUGUCACCAACAAAGGAAUUACAGAACAAUCUCGAACAGGAAUCCGACUUGUUAAUCGAUUUUGGGUAUUACAAUGCUGAAACUAAUACCGCCGGCUACACUAGAGAUUAUAGCAACAUUAAGGAUUAUAUUGAGAUUCACCCUGACUAUGUGUUGAUGGAUAAUGAAUAUGUUGCUGUGAAAGAUUUUGCCACGGAUAAGCGUAGAUUUUCAAUGGGUGAUUUGAUUCAAUCGUUAAAUGAUAAGAUCGACUCUACCCGUUUCAUUCACAACAAUAAACUGGUCAACAAUAUCACAUAUAAAUUCACACCAUAUAAAUGGCAUACAGAUGACACCACUGUCAAUCAAUGCGUUGUACCUCAAUCGAAAUUAAUCGAUUUCUUCAACAAUUACUUGCAGCCAAACGAUAUAUUGAUGGUUGAGACUUGCACGUUUCUAUUUGCAGUUCCGGAUUUGAAAUUUCCUCCUGGAGUUACAUUUUUAUCGCAGUCCUUCUACGGAUCCAUUGGAUACGCAAUUCCCGCCACAUUGGGUGUUUCAUUGGCCGAAAAAGACUUGGGUUCAAAUAGGAGAAUUAUCCUUGUACAGGGUGAUGGCUCGGCGCAAAUGACCAUCCAAGAAUUAUCAACCUUCUUGAGACACGACUUAGUCAAUCCCAAGAUCUUUUUGAUCAACAACGAAGGCUACACUGUAGAAAGAAUCAUUAAGGGUCCUACCAGAUCAUAUAAUGAUAUUCAAGGAUGUUGGAAAUGGACCGAAUUACUUAAGAUCUUUGGAGAUGAACAUGGCGCACGACAUGUAACUGCCACCAUAAAAAAUGCGGCCGAACUCGAUAACUUCAGAUCUCUUCUGAAUAAUAAUAAAAUCGAGUUUAUUGAACUUAUUAUGGGUAAGUUGGAUGCACCAGAAAGAUUCUCUUAUAUAUCUGGUCACAAACAACCUAUUCCAUCAGUUCCCCUUCACUGA